UCGUCUUCUUCUCUUCGACACUUCCCCCAUUUUCUCUGUCUCUCUCUCUCAGUUUUCUUUUUCUCGAGAAACUCUUACCGUUAGUUAGAAAGAAAAGCGCCAUUAUUGUUUCCCUCCAUUGUUCAACAAUAAACUACCCUGAUCAUUGAGACGGAGCCAUCAAACGUUCAAGAAGCAGAGAAAAUGAAAGAAACAGAUCCAGCGCCGCCGAUGAAAGCAGAGGAACUAAACGCCGCAUGUGUUUCAGCUCUUCAUAUGAUACUCGAGUCUCUGAUGAGAACCACCAUGUUCUCAUGCGAUGUCCCGAUAACACUUUAUCCAGAAACACAUGAGAGAUUCAUACAAGACUACUUGGACCAGUUUUACCAUCUCUUUCUCGACAAACUAAGUCUUAUGGAAGAAAAUGGUGGUGUUUCUGAGAUUUUGAUAAACGUCUUGGAGAUAAUGCCUGGCUGGAACCGUCACUUAGGAUUCGAAGACCGGGUGAAAAUGAAGUGCACUAGAUGCAAGAUGAAUACUCUAUAUCCACCACCACAACCUUCUUUUGGUAUACUCAUCAUUGCCAAUUCACUCAGAGAAACCAAGGCAUAGUCAUCUCUUUCCAUUUUUUUUUUUUAUCUUUUUAAUCUUUUAUAAUAAUAAGAUUAUGGUUUUGGUUAUCAUCAUUCACCACAGUCUGCAUUCGAGGAUUUUACGUUUGAGAGAAUCCUUAAAGUCAUCAAGAUCAACUCUAUGGUGCCUUGCAAAACGGAAGGAUGUGAGAAACUAAGCUACGUUGAUCAUGUUAUCCCUACACUUCCUUCUGUUUUUACCAUUGGUAAGUCUUAUUCAUAAACUAAGAGUUAUAUUGGAGCAACAUAGAGUUUUUGAGUUUUAUUCUAUAUGUGGAAUUGUUUAGCACUAGAGUGGGAGAACAAUGAGACUGAAGAAGAGAUACUUGCUACCACUUCUGUUCUCGUUACUGAAAUAGAUAUUAGUGAGAUUUACAAAUACGAAGGUGGAUCACCAGAGACCAAAUACAAUCUUGUGUCAAUGGUAAGCAGUAUCUAACUAAGUUUCAGUUCCAUUUUUUUUUUAAAACGUUUGCUGUUGAGAAGAUUAAUGUAACAAGUCCAAUGCAGGUUUGCUCGCAUGGAGAUCAAUACGCUUGUGUUGCUUACCUUAACAAUCGAUGGCUCAUUUACUUUCCUUCUGAGCAACAGGUAAAAUAGCUUAUAAUUUAUUUACUUCUUAAUACAAGCAAGUUGUUCGAUCUGUGACUUAGCGAUUGCGUGUUGCUUGUCCAGGUUAUAGGUGACUGGGAUAGUGUUAUCAACACUUUUAUACGACUGAAUAUGCGACCUGACAUUCUAUUUUUUGAAAACGUAAGCUGCUUAUUAUGUUUUUUUUUGUUUCCUUAUGUGUGUGUGUGUUUACUCAACCCUCUUCCUACUUGGAAUUUCAGGAUAUGCAGAGAAAGCGGAUUGUGAACGCACAGAUAAAUACACCAAGUGAUGUGAAAAAUACGACUAUACAAAAAUGGGACCAACUGCAAAAUUUUAUGUUUUCCCUUCAGCCUCAAUCCUCCUGAGUUGGUAUGAUGUAGUCACUGAAUAAAAGUACUAUUUUCUAAAUGCACAGCUUACUUCGGUUUGUUAUUAAGGAUACAGUGUGUUGUUAAUUGGAAGAUUUGCUUACUUUUCCCUCUGUGAAUUGUAAUAUCUUUCAUCAAAUUUCCCCCCUGUGAUAUAUUAUAUUAGACAUUAAAAAAGUUCACUUCAGGAAUUGUCUGCAGUUCUUAAAGUAACUUCACAGCGCAUUGUAAUUUCAACUCAUCAACACAACUUCUUUUGAACUAGAACAGAAUAUGAAAACACUCUUACCUACAGCCAGUGUCAUGACACACAUGUCUGACCCAUCAAGUUUACAAAUUCAACUCGAGAAACACAAGGGAAACUACUUCGUCUUUUGUAAGAUGUUGUUCAUAUACAACCUAAUUUGUAUUUAUACACGUACACUAGGGAUGGUAAAAAUGAUGAACCAAAUCUGUUAUACUUCACUGACAUGAAUAUCAAUAUGCCUUAAUCAGAUGACGAACACACUGUUUCUACAUUGGAAUAUGUCAUUCCGUUACAUUUGCUAAACCAUCGAUUAGUGGGCGGCUUCAUACAACAGAAUCUUAGGCCGAACCUUCCUUUCCCCACAGAAUCUGAUCACACUCUCCCAGUUGCCAACAGCCUGUGGUAUCACCACGCAACAUACUAACAAUGUCUCAGUUCACAACUCAAACUCAACUCAACAAGCA